AUGGAUCUUUUGCCAAAAUGUGAGCAUCAGCCAGUCGUCUGUGCUUCACCCGUGAUGAACAACACGUCAGUGUUGGCUUCCAGCUGGAGAAAAAUGAGCUGAAACUCGAGGGACGUGGACACGAGCAAGCGGCCAUCAUCGUUGAGGCUCUCAAACUUCAACGUAAGCGGUGUCUAACGAGUAGAGCAGCAAUACAGUCUACCACAGAACACUUUUGCAGGGUCGAGGCAUACCACCAUACCCUACCUUCAGUUUGCCAGCUCUGAGUUUCCACAUUCCUACAGUACUACAGGACACUAGCUAGUCAAGAUGAUGAAGUCCUGCUCAAUACUGGCCCUUCUCGUGACCAUAGUCGGUAACACGGCCGCCUUUACAACUUCGGUGGUUCAACUGGCGUCUUCUUCCACAACAGCAUCGACUUCGGCUCUGCAUGCUGCCGCGACAGUCCCCAAUCCCUUCAAGAAAUUGCCAUGGGUAGCGGAGAAAGAGCGACAACGAGAAGCUCGUCGCAUGAAAAUGGAACGUGCCAAAUUGCAUCGAGAAUUGGGAAUUGUCGAAGACGCAACCUACGAAGAGAUUGUCACGGCCACGGACAAUCUCAUUGCCGCCGCCGGUAGCGAUAUCAAGCAAAAGAUCAAGAUUGAAGUCGCCAAGGACAAAAUUCUGCAAAUCCGAUUAAAUGAACGUCUUGCUGGACUGGCCAUUGAAACAUCAGGUGCUCGGGCACAGAGUGCGUUCGAACGCGAUGGCCUGGACGACGAUGAUGCUCCCAAACAAGGAGGCGACGAAUGGAAUGCCCCUCUAUGGACCAAGGGACUCAUUGUCAAGCCCGAUGCAGCCUACCGCAUGCAACAACUUAAACUAUGGGGUGGUAUCACGCUGUUGGGUACUAGCAUCCCUCCUGCUCUGGAUUACAUGAACCGAUUUACCUGGCUCGUAUGUGUGGCACAGCUGCGAUUUAGAGGAAUGCCCAAAGAAGCCCGAGAAGGCGGAGGCAUGGGAAUUAGCUUUGGAGGAGGCCGUGGAUCUCCUCAUGGCAAAGUCGCAUGGGCGCUGGGUGUUUCGACAUGGAUCUUGGGAGCUUCCUUGACAUACGGUCUCAUGCCUGCUUGGGCCAAAGGACGACGUUAUACUGCAAUUAUGGCAUUUGCCAUGAGAAAUCUCAUCUUUGGAGUGGUCUGCAGUUAUCUGCAACCGUACAAGGGUGGCGCCAGUAAAUCCGUAUACGAUGAGGACUAGAAAGUGUACGCGAGGACAAACUAUUUUUGUAAAGCAUGAACACACAUCAAACUUCCAGCGCUAUGAAGUAGAUAAACCUCACUCGGUUUUGUUUAGGACAGAUAACCUGUCAUCUUCCAUAGAUAUGCUUCUGGGUCAUGAUUUCUGGGUUUCUGGUUACUGCGUUAGCUGUCAUGAAGAAACAACAAAUAAUAAUGGCACAAGUAGUCUGCAACUAAACAAGAACAAUUUCCGUUUC